UCCUAUGGGAGUGAACUUACCCUGGGCAGUGCCGACUCAUCGCCGAAAAGAUCUUUACCAAAACAUCUCUGUAGCUUUGUUAUACAAGAUUUUUUGAGGUUUCCUUUCGUCGACCGGCAACGUAGUUCCAAUUUAUUUCUCUUUCAACAUGAUUAUAACUCUGAAAAACUUGCAGCAACAAACGUUUACAGUGGAAAUUGAUCCAUCGCAAACGGUAAAGGAUCUGAAACAAAAGAUCGAAACUCAGAAAGGUUUCCCAGCUGAACAUCAGAAAUUAAUAUACGCUGGUAAGAUAUUAACAGAUGAUCAUCCGCUAACAGAAUAUAAUAUAGAUGAGAAGAAGUUUAUAGUUGUUAUGGUUACAAAACUGAAAACUGGUACUAGUUCUUCAACAACUGAAGAAGAACACAAGGAAGGAGACAAUAAAGAAGAAAGUAGUACGACCAGCUCAGUGCCACCACCUAGUACAAAUCCUACUGCCCAGACUGCAGAAUCGCAGCCUGCUAGUAAUGUACAAGAACAACUUGGAAGUGCCACUGCUGAGAAUGUCGGAGGUGAAGCUGCAAGUGCCUUGCUAAUGGGUGAAGAUUAUAAUACCAUGGUAAACAACAUUAUGGACAUGGGAUAUGAGCGUGAUCAAGUUGAACAGGCACUCAGAGCCAGCUUUAACAAUCCUGAUAGAGCUGUUGAAUAUCUUUUAACUGGUAUACCAGCUCAGCUUUUCGAAGAUCCACCAGAAGACCCACCAGAAGCACCAGAACUCCAAACUCACGGCCGACAUUCGCUAGCAUUCCUGAGAAUGCAGCCUCAAUUUCAACAGAUGCGUCAAGUUAUUCAACAGAAUCCGCGGCUACUGAAUGCUUUGCUUCAGCAAAUCGGUCAAACCAAUCCUCCGCUGUUACAACUUAUUUCAGAAAAUCAAGAUACGUUCGUGGGCAUGCUUAAUGAACCCGUGGAAACAACGGGUGGCACAAGUACAAGAACUACACCUGUAUCUGCACCAUCUGUUCCACCAGCAGCUCCUCCUGCUGGUUUAACUGCAGGACUUGGUGCAGGAAUAGGAACAGGGGUCGGAACUGGAUCAGGGGCAGCAGGUAUAGAGUCUGGUAUAAUUCAGAUAACACCACAAGACAAGGAAGCUAUCGAAAGGUUGAAGGCAUUAGGCUUUCCUGAACACUUAGUUAUACAAGCUUACUUUGCAUGUGAGAAAAAUGAGAAUCUUGCUGCUAACUUUUUGCUCUCGCAAAGUCUCGACGACUGAAGCAACGCGUCUCAUUGAUUUCACAAUAAGGAGUAAAGGACUGAUAUAGGGUGGGUAAUUACACAGACGCCGCAUAUUACUUUCGACUGGUCAUCUUUAUUUUGUAUAUAAGU